AUGUCGAAACACAAGAGGAUAUUCUUGAGACACAAAAUAUCGAUAGGACCAACAUUCACAGGAAAAGACAAUACAACCAUUUGGUCUAAAUUUCCAAUACCCAGAUAUGGACGAACUAGGAGACAGAACCUGAUAAAAUAUCUUUCUGGUGUGAAGCCACCAGUGACAAACUUGAAGAAGGAAGCAGAAAUUUGGUCUCACUUUUUUUCUGAUACAAUUUUGAAUAUAAUUGUGGAGUACACAAAUCAACACAUACAAGAAAAACGUGUUCAUUAUCAACGAGAAAGAGAUGCUAAAGAUACCGAUUUAUUGGAAACCAAGGCGUUCCUCGGUCUUGUAUAUUUAUGCGGAGUUCUAAAGUCUAGUCGCCUGAAUCUUGAGGAAUUGUGGGAUAAAAAUGGUACAGGAGUAGAGCUAUUUCGACUUACGAUGUCUAAACAAAGAUUUUGUUUCCUCUUGCAACAUAUAAGGUUUGAUGAUUCAACUACACUAUACGCACGAAAGAAAUACGACAAGCUUGCUCCCAUUCGAGAAAUAUUUGAUAACUUCGUCAAUAAUUGUAAAACUGCUUACUCUCCGUUUGAAUACGUAACCAUUGACGAAAAACUCGAGGCAUUUCGCGGGCGGUGUAGUUUCCGUCAAUAUAUACCCAGCAAACCUGCUAGAAAAUUGUUUGCGUUAGCCGAUUCAAAAACAUUUUAUACGACCAAUUUGGAAGUGUAUGUUGGCCGGCAACCUGAGGGAUCUUUUGCAGUGAGUAAUUCGCCGAAAGAUGUUGUUCAAAGACUUUGUGAACCAAUAAGAGGAACAGGCAGAAAUGUUACAGUUGAUAAUUGGUUUACCAGUAUGGCGCUUCUUGAAAAUUUGCAGAAAAAUUUCAACUUAACUCUUCUGGGUACCAUAAGAAAAAACAAGAGAGAACUGCCUCCAGAAUUUGCCCGUCCUUCAAGUCGUCCUCCUCUAUCAAGCAUGUUUGCUUUUCAGAAAAAUGCAACAUUAGUCUCUUAUAUACCAAAAAAGAACAAAAAUAUUUUAUUGGUAUCGGGCAUUCAUUUUGACGACAAAAUUGAUGAAAACACUAAUAAGCCGGAAAUCAUUAUAGAUUACAAUCAGACCAAAGGAGGUGUUGACUGCGUUGAUAAGCUCUGUGCAGCUUAUGAUGUUUCAAGAAACAGUCGAAGGUAG